GAAAGAAGGAGAAGAAAGGAGAGAAGGAAGAAGAAAAAGGAAGGAGCUUGAAAUUAAGAUUCAAUCUUUUCUCGUUUUCUUUCUAAGAAUAAGAUGAAGAGGGUACCUUCAUCUUGUUCCAUUAUGAUCUUCUUCUUAGUCGUUUCCGUUGCAAUCUCAGCUUCUUCAGCAGAAUCACCCUCUUCGAUAUACGAAGUCCUGAGGUCGCAUGGGCUCCCAAUAGGUUUGCUCCCAAAAGGGGUGACAGAAUUCAGCUUCGAUGGAAACGGCAGGUUCGAAGUUCAUCUUGAACAGUCCUGCAGUGCCAAGUUUGAGAACGAGGUGCAUUACGAGCGCAACGUGUCUGGGUUUCUUAGCUAUGGCCAGAUCGGAGCUUUAUCUGGUUUUUCGGCUCAAGAGCUAUUUCUUUGGUUCCCUGUAAAGGGUAUUCGUGUCGACAUCCCAAGCUCUGGACUUAUUUACUUUGAUGUGGGUGUCAUUUACAAACAAUUCUCGCUGUCUUUGUUCGAGACACCACCAGAUUGCAAGGCUGUUGACUCUGAUCUUCUCCUUUCAGAGAGUCGAGCCAUUGCUGCAACGGUUUUUGAGAGUCAAUCUGUGAAGCUCCGAUAUGAACUUGAUCAGGGAGAUCUUCUUCGAAGUGCUGUAUUGUAGGAUGAUUCAAGAUUCAUUAUAGCUCAAUCAACCUGUUCUGGGUUUCUUGUAACUUACAAGACUGUCUCUGAGAGUCUUGGUUUGGUAGUUCUUAUGCUUCAAUGGUGAGUGCUUGCUUGCAGUAUAGUACAGGCUAGUUGGGCCCGCUCCUUCUGUCCUGCAAGAGGAAAGGAGAAUUUUGACCAUGAGGAGAGGAUUAUUAUUGAUGCAUAGAGUUGUUACAUAUAGAAGAUGAAAGAGAGACCGGGGGUGUGAGGUCGAGGUGGGUUGAGAUGAUAAAUCUGUUGAAGGCUAUGUUAAUCAGUUGUGAUCAUGUUGUUGUUAUAUAUAAAUAGAUAUGGGUGAUGGAUCGAGUCUCUGUAAAUUCAGGUAUUUGUCUGUCUGUCAAUCUGUACUCUCAACUCAAUUCCUAGAUUGGGAGUAAGAAGUAAAUAUCAUUUUUGAUAGAAUGAAGUAAAAAUUUUAAAUUCUUUGCUUUUGAUUCCCUA